GAAAAUGAAGUUCCAAACUUGGCUGAACUGAAAGUCUCCGUCUUUAAUAUUUACUCACAAAAACUCAACAACAAGAAAAGCACAGAUCCAAAACCCCAAUUUCAAGUCAACCAAAACCCCAAAUUUCAAAAAUCACAUAAUAUAAACCCUAACCAUCACAAUCCCAAAACUAAUUUUUAUUCCUUGUAACUCAGAAAAUUAACAGUUGAAAAAGAGCAAGUAAAAUGGGAGUUCCAGUAGUCAAAUUCCCAAUCUUUGCCAUAAUAAGGAUAAUCGGAGUUGUAGUGGCUGCUCUUGUGCUGACAUGGACUGUGCAUUUCAGAGGCGGAUUAGCUCUUGCAUCCGAUAAUAAAGAUCUCAUCUUUAAUGUUCAUCCUGUUCUGAUGGUGAUUGGGCUUAUACUCACCAAUGGUGAAGCGAUGCUUGCCUACAAGACGGUUCCAGGAACAAAAAGCUUUAAGAAAUUAGUUCAUCUUUCACUACAGUUGGUUGCUCUUUGUUUAAGCUUGAUCGGAGGAUGGGCUGCUUUAAAAUUCCACAAUGAUAAGGGCAUUGACAAUUUUUACAGCUUGCAUUCAUGGCUGGGUGUUGCUUGCCUCUUACUCUUUGGCAUCCAGUUUGCUGCUGGAUUCUUAACCUUCUGGUACCCGGGUGGCGCAGGAAAAACAAAAGCCGCGUUACUGCCAUGGCAUGUAUUCUUUGGUGUUUACAUCUAUGCCCUCGCUGUUGCAACUGCUACUACCGGUAUCCUAGAGAAGGCCACAUUCCUCCAAGCCAACAAGGUAAUAUCACGCUAUUCUACCGAAGCUAUGAUGGUGAACUCGAUGGGCAUCUUGAUCGUUGUUCUAGGUGGUUUUGUAGUUCUUGCAACAGUUACUCCUCUGUUUCCGAAAGGAGGCGUUGCUAGAAACCCAAAAGAAUAGAGUCGGUGCUCAUAUUCUGUAAGAAUUGAUGAUUACAAACCAAGAGUUGUAUUGUUAUUGCAUGUGAAUCACAUGGCUUAUUACUUGCUAAAAAGAUGGCUACCUCACAUAAAACUUCAAUUGAAAAGCUCUGUAUCAAUAAUGGUUGUGUGAUGAUUAACUUAAUCUUAAGUAGGUUGCAAUAUUUAGUUUA